AUGAAUAUCCAAGAACGGAAGCUUCCCUUUGGGAAGAUCGAGCCCAACUCCGCCAAGUACUUCUACAGCUGUGCUUUUGGUGGAAUCAUCGGACCAACUCAUACUGCCGUAACACCAUUGGAUCUCGUGAAAUGUCGUCGCCAGGUCGAUCCCAAAAUCUACACCUCCAACAUUUCUGCAUGGCGCUCGAUCUUUGCUAAGGAGGGCCUCCGCGGGGUCUUCUUUGGUUGGUCACCCACUUUCUUGGGCUACUCGUUCCAGGGAGCCGGCAAGUACGGUCUCUACGAGUACUUCAAGUACCUUUAUGGCGAGAAUAUGUUCCCGCAGAGCAAUCGCACCCUGGUCUUUCUCGGUGCAUCGGCCUCCGCUGAGUUCUUCGCCGAUAUGGCGCUGUGCCCGUUGGAGGCGAUCAAGGUCCGCAUGCAAACAACAUUGCCGCCCUUCGCGAGUACCCUACGUGAGGGAUGGAGCCGUAUUGUCGCGAAGGAGGGAAUGAGUGGUCUGUACAAGGGUCUCUACCCGCUGUGGGCGCGUCAGAUCCCCUACACCAUGACCAAGUUUGCAACAUUUGAGGAGACGGUGAGCAUGAUCUACAAGACCAUGGGUAAGCCAAAGGAAAGCUUUGGCCAGUUGACCCAGACUGGGGUGAGCUUCCUCGGUGGAUACAUUGCGGGUAUUUUCUGCGCCAUCGUCAGUCAUCCGGCCGAUGUCAUGGUGAGCAAGUUGAAUGCCGAUCGAAAGCCUGGUGAGGGUGCUAUGAAAGCUGUCUCGCGGAUUUACGGCAACAUCGGAUUCUCGGGGCUCUGGAAUGGUCUGCCCGUCCGUAUCGUGAUGCUCGGCACCUUGACGGGCUUCCAGUGGUUGAUCUAUGACUCAUUCAAGGUCUUCUUGGGCCUUCCCACAACUGGUGGACAUUAG